AUGGCAGCGCAACCACAGGUGGGGGCGGCCUACCGGCAGGUGAGCAGGAAGGAGGCGGGCAUGCGCUUCCUGCUCAUGCAAAUGGCCAACGCGGCCACGCGCCAGGUCUCCGAUCCCGACCGCGGCCUCGAGCUGCUGGGCACGGCGCUCACCUCCCUCCACACCGUCCUCACCACCCUUCGCUCCUCCCCUCCGGUUGAGGGUGCUGGGAGUGCAGCCACGGUGGAGGCGUCGGCGGCUGCGAAGGCUGACCUCCUUCGGCUCAGUCCGGCGGUGCAGGAAGCCUACGGCCUGCUGGCCCUCCCCGUCCCUGCCGCCGUCAAGUUUCUCGAAGCGGUGCACUAUGAAAAGACGCCGGCGGGCGACCUGGUGCUGGCCAACCCCGAGCGUGAUGAAGUGCAGAGCGCUGUAGAAGGGGGCUUGAACGCGCUGGAGUGGUUCGAGCGACAGAACAGAGGCGGUCCCGAAUCUGAUGCCGAUCAAGAAGAACAGGGCCAGUUCACCCUGGGCCACAACCCUCUCAUGAUGAUGGGCGGCGGCCAGGCGCUUCUGUGCUGCCCGCCACACCAACGCACCUCCGCUCCGGGAGGCAAGCCGAGCUGA